AUGCCCGCUCGCAAACGCGCUAGUUCUGACACAGAGAUUGAAGACGAUGAUUACGAUAAUGGAGCUGAGGAGUCUUCAUCCAGACCAAAAGAAAUUGCGAAGAAUAAGCGACGAGUCAGCAUGUUGAAGGAAACCGAUGGACAUUCCAGGAGCAAAUCAAACUUCACCAUGAAGUCUAUGGAUUCGACCGAUUUGAUGGCAAACGAUGAUCGCUCUGAGAAGAGACGGAGACGACAAAGUAGAACUGCGGCUGCACUCAUUGCUGAAGAAGAAGGGGACGGAGGCUCUAGUUCAGGAGUCAAUGGGCCCAGGACGCCAAAAAAGACUGCUGUGGCUCGGGCGAACAUGCUUAAUGCUGUGGAUCACACGCCAUUGCCAGCAGUAUCUCUUGAUGUUAUGACGAGUAAUUUUGAGGAAUGGAUGAAGAUGGCUACAGACAACAAAAUUAAUGCAGCCAACUCUUGGAAUUUCGCUCUCAUUGAUUAUUUUCAUGACAUGAGCUUGCUACGAAAUGCACAGGACGGCUCUGUCAAUUUCCAAAAAGCAUCCUAUACUCUCGAUGGAUGUGUAAAAGUCUGGACUUCCCGGGUGGAUAGUUGCAGGAAUGACACCGGAAAGCUCUUGAGUAAUUUGACAAACGAUGGGGGCGGUGGAGAGGAAGACGAUGAAGGAGCUGAGGAGGGCGAAGGAGAUGGCGAAGAAGGCAGCCGCAAUCAGGCAAAGCGAAAACGGGCACAUAGACCUGAAAAUACGCUCGCCAAGUCUAUUGAACAGUUACAAGUCAAGAAGCUUGAUACAGAAUGCGUUGUUGACCCGCUGUUCAAAAAGACGUCCGCGGACUUUGAUGAAGGCGGAGCCGGAGGGAUGCUCAUGAAUCAUCUGAGCGUUGACGCCCAACUACAGAUCGUUUUUGAUGCGACCGGUACGAAACUGCUGGAUGAAGAAGAAACCGAAAUCGAGGAUGGAGAGGUGUCCUUGGCCGAUCUGCGGGCCAAAUACAUGCCUGACCUUGAGGAGCUAGAAGGUCGAUCAAUUAUGCCGUCCCUGUCAGAUUUCAAGUUUGCAUCGGACGACUUGACUUUCGCUAGCCAUGUACUGCCUAGUCGCAAUACGCCAGAUGAACCAAUGGCGUUUGGGGAACGAGACCCAGACAUGGCCGAUACUGGAGACGCGGGGCCAGUAGAGGACUUUUUCACGGGUGGAGAAGCCGUCAACGAUUUUGAAGGUGGAUUCCAUGACAGUGGAGGGUUCGAUGACGACGGUGGAGAUGAUGGAGUCGGCGAUAUGGGCGACUACACGGGUAAUCCAGCUGGCGCCAGCCAUACUGGUCCGGUUGAACCAUUCGAUCCUAGACGUGGGCGUGACGAACGAACGCUAAUCAUGAGCAUGUCCGAAGACGCAACGGAGAUGCUCGACUACUUUGAUACCACGGUGAUGAAGAAUUGGGCCGGGCCGCAACACUGGAAGGUUCGACGCGCGAUCCGCAAAGAUGGCGAUACGACCGGGAACACUACUACGCGCUCGCGCAAGGACAAAACGGUGUUCAUGAUUGAUUUCGAGACCCCACCGGCCGAAAACUUUGCCAAGAAAUGGUUCGUGCCUGCGACCAAGGCCGUACUCACGCUCCCAUCAGCCAAAAUCGCGAAGAAAGGGUCGAAGGGUGCCAAAUCGAUCAAAAAGAACGAAUUUCUGCUACCCAAUGAUAUGCACUUUAGCAGCAUGCAACUUUUGAGGCUAUUUACUAAACCCAAAUUUACGGUCCAAAUGCGGCGGAUUAAUGUCGAUGAGCCCAUCAAAGGCGAGGACGGUGAAAUUGGCGGCGAAUUCUGGGCACAAGCGGCAGCGGAUAAUGCAGGAGCCGGUCCCGACGACAUGGACGGCGGUUUCCCAGCGCCAUUCGCAACGCAAUUUUUCCAUGACGAAGAUGACGACGGAGGGUUUGACGAUGGUGACGGUGAUGGCGGGAUGGGUGAUAUGCCUGCAGUAGAUGAAGAAGAUCUCAUUGCCGCCACACAAGGUACCCUUAAACGCGUUCGGCCGGAGCAUAUCAACUAUACCAAACGUGCCAAACGUGUCGAUGUACGCAUGCUCAAGGAAAACAUCUGGAAAGGACUGAACAUUGUCGUGCCGAAGAGCAAUAUGGAGGAUGGACAUGAGGAGGAGAUUAACGCGACAACCGACGAGGCCGAGCCGACCGACCCCACAGAGGCACGAGACUUUACCAAUGUCAUAUCGAAUCUACGGACACAGUACCCUAAAGAUAAACUGGACGAGAUCAGCACGAGCUUCUGUUUUAUUUGUCUACUUCAUCUUGCCAAUGAGCGUGGGCUCAAGAUCCAGGUAGGGGAUGCCGCGCCUGACUGGGCAGCUGGGAAGAAUAUGGUAGUCGAUGACGAUGCGGAGGCUGGAGCCGAUGAAGCUGACCUCAAGCGAAUCGGCCAGUUGAGCGAACUGCAUGUGUUCAGAGAUCCGGACGCACGCCCGGCUGCGUAG